AUGGACCGUCUUGACGAUCCCUCCCUCGCGUCGCGUAUUGAGGAUUUGAUGAACAAACACCAUGUUCCCGGUCUCUCUGUUGCCAUAGUGAGGAAUGAUCAAGUUUCCUCCGCAGGUUAUGGAGUUGCAUCCUACGAGCCGCCAGUACCAUGCACCGCCGAGACAUUAUUUGACGUCGCCUCAUGUGCAAAAUCUCUAACAGCAGCGUCAAUCGCCUUGCUUAUUGAGGAUAAUGAAGAAUUUCCAGAAAUCCAAUACGACACAAUCAUGUCUAACCUUCUGCCCGAAGACUUCGUCAUGUCGGGCUCAGGAUAUACUGAAGGUGUGACCGUGGAAGAUUUACUGGGCCAUAGAACAGGAAUGGCCCCACAUGACAAUUCAUAUUUUGGGCCGCAGGCUAAGAACGCAGAUAAUGCUCAAUCUAUCACCAGAAACCUACGGAAUUUAGCCGUUGCUGCCCCUAUCCGGUCCCGAUAUCUAUACUGCAACAUGAUGUACACAGUCUUGACACAUCUUGUUGAGGUGAAAUCCAAGCAACCUUUCUCUGAAUUUCUAGAUAAGAGGAUAUUCACCCCACUCGGCAUGGAAUCGAGCAAUCUACAGCCUUCGAAUGCCAACACCAAGGGUCUUGGCGACCGUAUCGCAGCUGGGUAUAUAUGGGAGAAAAGCAGCGGAUACCAUAAAUGUGAAAGUGUCGAUUGCCCAGAAGGCCAGGGGGCCGGCUCAAUUAUCACAAGUGCAAAUGACUUCAUAAAGUUUGUGAAGGCUCUCAUCAACCAAGAGGGUCCAAUUUCCAAGAAGGUUUACCAGGGGCUCGUUAAAUCGCGCAGCUUCCCCCACCACUAUCCAGCUCGGCUCAAGCAAUUCACGUCUCCGCCUAUAUACGCCGCAGGGAUGGAAGUGUAUUACUACCGGGGAUAUAUGGUUGUCGGGCACAAUGGUGUGAUUUCUGGGUUCGGGAGCCGAUUCGCCUUCAUUCCGGACAUCAGAUUCGGUGCUGUGAUCAUGGGAAACUCUGCAGGAGCAGGACCUGUUGCGAACAUUUUGAUUCGCGAGCUAAUCGACGAGUUCCUUGGGAUUCCGAAAAUAGAACGAUCGGCUGCAAUGAGAACCACCAAUAGUGCCACUAUUUCCCCAACAACGGCCAAAGACAAGACAAAAAAGAGGAACAAGAGAGAGCCUCGCGAUCACAGCAAAGUUGGCGUUGCAGAAAAAGGAAAUGGCCAGCAGCAACAUGAUCCACCAGAGCCCCAGAUCAAAGCACUGGAUCUAUACACAGGAAACUACUGGAAUGCUGGAUAUCGCGGAAUUCAGGUUCAAAUUAAGGAUAAUCGGCUCUUUAUUGAUGCCUCUGAUCGCGCUAUGGGGUUUACACUCACAUUUCACCAUAUCCGCAACCAGACGGAGUACAUUUCCUACCUUGUUGAUGAUGUUGAAGGUGGAAGUGAUCCAGUUGAAGCAGAGUUUGUGUUCAAAGAAGGGCAGUCCAAGGAUGGUGAAGUGAUAGCACUGGGUCUGCGUUUGGAACGAAGCUUGAAGGAUAUGAUUUGGUUUGAAAAGAUCAAUGACAGCGAAUGA